UCAUACUUGUGCUUCAGUUGUCGGUUGAUAUCGUAACAGUUAGGACCAUUCGAAAAUAUGUUAUUAAAUUUGGCGAUAUCAUAACGAAAGUGUGACAAGUCUGAAAGGAACAAUAUUUUACUCACUUUUAAGGAAAAUAUAACAGAAGCAACAAGAAAAUAAAAUGGCAUUAAGUAUUGCACUACCAUUAUCCGGAAUAGAAGCCGAACACUUUUACGCAUUAGGAGUGAGAAUACUAUAUGAGCAAGGUUUAAGAACUUUAAAUGGGAUUGGACCUUUAUCUCCAAGUAUCGGAAGUGAAUCCAGCGGCAUUAGUAGUCUCACCCCUUCCCUUGAAUCUGAUUUUGUAACAAAUAACCCUACUCCAAGUUCUACAGGGCCAUCAUCUCUUGCAAAUUCUACAGAAGAUUCGAGGCAUUGCGAUAGAUUAAACGACAUAGAAACAGUAAAUGUUCCAUGUAAAAUAAUCUAUUGUGGACGAGACAUAUUAAACCUAGGUGCAAAUAUUCGAGAACCAUCUUGGCAAAUAAGGAUCCCUUUUACUUGCACUCAUAAUAAUGUCACGGACAAUAGCUCGAAAUAUAAUCUUCUAAGUGAAAAAGCACUGACCGAAGAAUAUCCGAUGAAAAAAUGUUCAGAAUGCGGCUUCUCCGAAUUAUCGCUUUCUUCCUGUUUUUGACACUAUUCCGAUUUAUCACACGAUCGCCUGAGGAAUGUAACACUAAAUAAUAUCAAUAAUAUGACACAACGACAUCAAAGAACAACUAUCUUUCAAAAAAAUAAACGGAUCCAGAUAUCAGCUUUUGUUACGAUAGACGAUAGACGUUGACUUUUACUUUCUGAUAUAUCGUUUUAUAUUACAAAAUAAACUUUAAACAGAAUGUCAUUCGUCGACAUGCUCGUCAAUCGUAUAAAAACUGAAAAAUUAUUAUGGCGGAUCCCAAGGCGGCGACCGACUCCACAAAAGUUAAGUUAACCAUUAAAUUCAGUCAAUAGUUAACUCAACUAAUGAAAUAAUAUAUAAAUGAUUUUAUAGAGAUUGAUCAUAAAUUCAUAAAAUACGAUUAGAAAUUGAUUUCGAAUUUGUAAAUUACAAUUAGAAAUUAAUUUUAAAUUCGUAAAAUACGAUUAGAAACAUCUACCCUAAAAAUAAAACGAAAAUAUUAGCCGAAAACAAUGAAUAUAUUCGUACGUAUAUUUCAAGUUAGAUUUUUCAUAUCGUUUCCACAGAAAUAAUAGUAGUUUCAUAUGAAAUAAAAUUAAAUAUUUCAUAUGAAAUAGAAUUAUAUAUAAGUGAACACUUUAUACAUUGCUAUUAGCUUAUAAAUUUAUACGGAGUCGGGAAUGGGCCGCGAAAAAUUAAUCAUAAAAUAGUAAUAAUUCGUAUAUGAUUAACACCCGACAAUAAAAUAUGUCGAACAACGAAUAUGAUAUUUCAUUAAUUUUUGAUAUUAUAACAUUUUCAUGACAAUAGCCUAAAUUCAUGUACAACAAUUGCAGUCAUUGUUUUCAAUACAAAACCGUCUUUUAACAUUUUUUACUUGUUUCGAAAUUAAUAAUUCUUCGGAAAAUAUAGAUUUAUUAGCCGGGUGUUCGAAUAUUUAUAUAAAAUAUUCCUAUCUUAUCUAAAAGAAUUUAUUAAUUAAGAUGAUUUUAAUAUAUAUGUAUAUAUAUAUUUGUCGAAUUCUACAAUAUUGCCUUUGACAUAAUUUACUAUGGAGAUUCUGCAUUCUUGCAGCUGCUUUGUAAAUUAUUAGAAGUAAAAUACUUUAAGUAAUCAAAUUCUACAAGAUAGAUCAAAGAUUUUUGUAUGGAUCAAAUGUUCCCAAGUGAUUUUAAACAUCAAUUAUUUUUUUCCAAGAUUUAAGCAGAGUUCGUUUACUUUUUAGUUUUACUAGUCUUUUGACUUUAUUUGUAACUUUUACAAACAAAGAGAAAUUAGACUAAAGUUUUGGAAAAAGAGUAAUUGAUAUCAUCUAAGAACUUUGAAACGAAUCAUAAAAUUUUGAUCGAUCUUGUAGUAUCAAUACGCUUAUUGUUAUAAUCUACUGAUCUAGUCAUACCAAUUCAAAGGAUCUAGUCAAAAGGUCUAGUCAAUUGUACGAGUAAACUUUAAUUAAUUAUAAAAUAAUAAUUAUAGAGUAAUUAAAGAGAGAAUCGAGACUGAAUUUGUUUAUUAGAUUAUUAGAUUAUAACGUAGAUUUAUAAGGUUAAUAAAAAUUGAAUCCCAUGAAAGUUAUAAAAACAGUGGGAUAAGUUUAACUAAAUAUUCUAGUCUUGAUAUUAGAAUAAUUAAAGUUUAGAACUAGAUAUAUAGUAUUUACAGCAACGAUCAAAGAUAAACGCAAAUUUAUGCGUCAGCUGUUUGUCACCAGCUAUGGUAUAAAAAUUAAGAAAAUCUAGUUCUAGCUUUUAAAAAAAUUUAUAGUUUAAAACUAGACCAAGAAAAAGUAUAAUCAAGACCAAACUAUAUGUAGAUUUAUAACGUUGAAAACUAUUCGUUAGGAGCAACAUAAAUACCAAACAUCUUUCUAGCCUUGAACUAUGAUUAGUUAUAU